CGGGGAAAGUAGUUGCUGAGUUCAUAGUUCCUCGGUUUCCAGCUACUUCCGACUUUCUGGCUAAUUUUUCCUUCUGUCUCACGGCACAGUGAGGGACAGAAUCACUUCUUCUCCACCAUAUUAGUUUUCCAGAAAAAGGGGAAUAUAGAAACCUGCCAAAACAAGCCAAUUCCUCACUAGGCAUAGAAACCUUCCAAAACAAGCCAGCCAAUUCCUUACUGGAGAGAAUGAAGAACUCUGUUUCGGAUCAUAGUUUUUACAUUGAGAGUGAAGAGGAAGACGAGGAGAAGGCCUUCCACAACAAUGAAGGUGAAGAUGAUCGACACGAGUUGGAUUCUUCCGAUGGGGAGUACGCAGCCCCCCCACAAAGACAACCCAGUUCCUACAACACUCAAUGGCCUCAAAGUUACAGGCAGUCCAUGGACCUGUAUAGUAGUGUACCAUCUCCUGGUAUCGGUAUUUUAAGUGCCUCUUCAGUUUCAAGAAGUUCAUUUCUAUCGAGAAGGCACACACCGGAAUCAUUAUCUUCGGUAUCAAAACCUCUGAUAGCUGACCAAAUACAGCAACAAAAGUCUAGUUCACAUCUGCCCCCUCUCGUACCUUCGGGGAAGUCCUCUGUGAAGAAGGAUGGGAAACCGUCAGCAAUCUCUCAUGAAGUUCCAAUUGCUCGCCACAGCACAUAUGGACAAGCUGUGCUAAAUGGCAUUAAUGUGCUUUGUGGGGUUGGAAUUCUCUCCACCCCUUAUGCAGCCAAGGAAGGAGGAUGGUUUGGACUUCUCAUAUUGUUAGCUUUUGCAGUGAUUUCCUUUUACACUGGGUUGCUGUUGCGCUACUGCCUGGACAGUGAACCCGGCCUUGAGACUUACCCGGACAUUGGCCAGGCUGCAUUUGGAACUGCAGGCAGGAUUGCCGUAUCAAUAGUUUUAUACGCCGAAUUAUAUGCUUGUUGUGUUAAUUAUAUAAUUCUGGAGAGUGAUAACUUAUCAGCAUUAUUUCCCAAUGCACAUAUUAGUGUGGGUGGAUAUCUAAUAAGCUCACACCGUUUAUUUGCAUUGAUGACUACCCUUGCUGUUCUCCCAACUUGUUGGCUCCGAGACCUCAGCAUACUUAGUUAUAUUUCUGCUGGUGGAGUCAUUGCAUCAGUGUUGGUAGUGCUUUGCUUGUUUUGGGCUGGUUUGGUAGAUAAUAUUGGUUCACACAACAGUGGGACAACACUGAACUUGGCUACUCUUCCUGUCGCAAUUGGUCUUUAUGGAUACUGUUAUUCAGGGCAUGCAGUUUUCCCCAACAUUUAUAGUUCCAUGGCAAAACCAAAUCAGUUCCCUGCAGUCCUCUUAGCAUGUUUCGGAAUCUGUACUUUGUUGUAUGCUGGAGUUGCUGUCAUGGGUUACACAAUGUUUGGAGAAGAGGCAAAAUCACAGUUUACCCUUAACAUGGGAAAUGAUCUAGUUGUCUCAAAGAUUGCUAUCUGGACAACGGUAGUCAACCCGGCCACAUAUGCAUUAACCAUGUCUCCGGUGGCAAUGAGUCUGGAGGAGUUAAUACCAUCAAACCAUAUGAAAUCUCACAUAUAUGCCAUAUUAAUUAGAACAGGACUCGUGAUCUCAACCUUGUUCGUUGCCCUCACCAUCCCCUUCUUCGGUCUCGUGCUAUCGUUGGUCGGAUCAUUGCUCACAAUGCUUGUGACCUUGAUACUUCCUUGUCUUUGUUUCUUGUGCAUCUUGAGGAGGAAGGUUACCCGUCUUCAGGUUGCACUUUGUGUCAUAAUUAUUAUGGUGGGAGUUGUUUCAGCAGUUAUCGGAUCCUUCAAGGCCAUCUCCGAGAUUAUUGAAAAUUUAAGAAGGGACAAGUCUCCUUGAUUUUUGAACUACAAAUUUCAAGAGAUGGGAGUAUUGAAUUAGUAUUAUGCUGGUAAAAGUAUACUUUCAAAACUCGCUAUUUAGCUAGUUAACCCACAAAGCCAUGCGAGUCCGCUUGAUUAUGUAAACUCAAGGAUGAACAAGAGACUCUUCUUCUUAUUUUCCAAAUCUGAGUCAAUUUGGUUUUCUUUUUUCUUUUUUUUCUUUUUUUUUUUCCCUGUUGAGAAUGUUAUGAUGAGUGCAUUGUAUCCUAAAU